UCUAACAGAAAUGCAGUGUUUGACAUCGGUUGGUUUUCAGUCUGAGGAGAGCGCGGAAGAAAAAAGCAACAGGUUAGAAGGAGCAGAAAGUUGCCUGUUGUAUGUCGAUACGCCCAAAAGACUGCUGGAUUAUAAGGAUGCAGAAGAUGUUGCAGAGGUAGACCAUCGUUAUUGCUUUACACUUAAUUGGAGGCAGAAGUGAAAGAUGAUGAUCCCUGUCACAUGUAGAACAGGUCUUCAGGUGUUUUUUCUCCUACUAUUGGUGGGACAAACAAAUGGCAGAGUGACGGCACCAGCACGUUUAAAAGCACCAUUGGACAAGCCUUUCACACUCACCUGCACUGUUUCGAAGGAACGCAGUGAUUCCUUGAGGAAAGUCCUCUGGCUAGACACGCAGAACCAAACGCUGCUGACAUACGAGCCAGGAGACAAAGAGAGUAUAUUGGCACAACAGCAUGUGGAGCUCGCCUCCUCCUCAUCAAAGGAUACCUCAUCUAUCACCAUUCGCAGAGUGGGUUUCCGCGAUGAAGGCUGCUACACCUGCAUCUUUGAGCUAAAUCUUUCAGGCUCUAAGCAGGGGCAGACAUGCCUCACUGUUGAUGCUGAAGUUACAUCUGAUAAAAACACAACAGCAGUGAGCGGAAAGAAGGUUUCCCUGUCAUGCGCCUUCGGGUUGCCUGAAAAGGUACAACAGAUACUGUGGAAGCAUACUUCUGCUCAUGGCGAAUCAAACGAGGUGGCCUCUUUUGCAAAGCAGAGCGAUCCUAUGAUCGAGCCACGUUAUCAGGGGAGGGCCUGGCUAUCGGCCUCCCUCUCACACAGUGAGCUUACAAUCCAGCCUGUUGCCAUUAAGGAUGAGGGUUGCUACACCUGCGUCUAUGAGACACAUUCUGAUGGAAUAAAGAGCUCUGUGAUCUGCCUCUCCACCUAUGUUCUACCAAAACCUCAAGUGAGCUACAAGACCACUUCUCCAGGGGUGAUUGAAGCCAACUGCACUAGCGUCUCCCGCCCUGCUGCAGAUAUUGUGUGGAACGUGGAAACUAAUAACCGCACCAUGGGUCCCCCUGUUAACAGAAAUUUUCAGCAGGAUGAUGGGACCACUCUUGUCAUCAGCACGCUGACUGUCCAAUCAGUGCUGCUUAAAGAUGUGUCUGUGAAAUGCUUGGUGCAUCACAAAGGGCUUGAGUCACCCAUCGCUGUAUCCAUGAACACUAAGAUUGGCACAGCUCUCACCAUCCUGAUUUCAGUGACCACAGUUGCAGCUUUGCUGGUGAUGUCCUUGUGUUUCUGCCUUUGGAAGUGUUUUUUGCGUAAAGAAGAUGUUUAAUUUUGCACACACGCACAGAGCUGAAUGAAGAGGCCGUGCUUCGCAGGACCGUCCCAAUGAGACCUUUUACCUGCCGUAUCAUCAUCACCAUCUUCAUUAGUGCGUUGAUGAAAACGGAAGACGGUGUCAAAUUUCCUUGUGGGCUGUACAACACAAUCCUAUUUAUCAUUACCAACUGGGUGACAUUCAGCUUCGUGAUGACUCUUCCUUAGACUUCUUUUUCUAUCAUCUCAGCUCCAUUCACUGAUUAAGUGGAUGUCAGCCUAUUCAACAACAGCAGAGCCUUCCAGCAGCUGAGAGAAGUGGAGUCAUUUUUGCAGAACCACAUGUAUUGAGAAAACUUUUGCUUCUGUUUUUUUCCAUGAACCAUAAAUAUGUUUUCUAAUAUUUGUUUUUCUUACUCACUAAAAUGUAUUAAAAACUUAGGAAAAACGCAGCAGAGAACCAUAUGAAUAUUUUUUGGAGAAUAUUUAUGUAGUUUUAAUAAUACAAGAGAAAAGCAAGUCUUGUCUGUGAGUAAAGGUUAUACAGUCUAUUAGACAAGCUGUUCUCCCUCCUCUGAUCUCCCAGGUGAAACAGAUGCCUUUUUAGAACACCAUCUGAACAAACAACUUAAAUAUAAAGUUGGGAAGUUGUUUUACAUGCCAACACAACGUAUUGCAAAGUGAAAGGGAAGUUGUAAACAGUUUUUAGCAUCUUCACAAAUAAAACCGAAGAAAGUGUGGACUUGCGCUUAUAUCUCACUCCCUUCACCCUUCAACCUUGAAAUUAAUCCCAGUGACACUACAGCCAUAAGAAGUCAUCUUAGUAUUAGUCAUGUCUACAGUAUUUGGUAUUUAAUCUCAGUAUACAGUAAAGCUGUGAACUCUUUAGAGGUUUAUUUGUGAACAAAGAGCAUAACGGUCAAGGAAUCCAGCAGACAGAUUAGUAAUAGAGGUGGAGAAUAAUAAAGCAGCUAUAGGUCAUAAAUCAUACAUCAGUAUGCAAUAUUAAGGGGAAAGCACUACUCCAUAGAGGUGGAAGAGCUGCAAUGAUCCACAGCUUAGGUAGGAGAUUAUGUCAGUAUGACAUGGCGGUUAUACUCCAUGGGUCUGACCAUAUUAGAAGAGUAACAAUUAGAAAUUAUACUUAGAGAAUAUUUCUCUAAAUCAUCAUAGUGAUCAUAAAUAUGGAGAAAGGGGCUUUGGUAGAUGAGAAGAAAUCAAGCACCAAGGGAGAUAAUAGAAAAACUGCACACUGAUUUGGAAAUCCAUCCCCUCAAUAAAACCUGGUGGCAGAGCUUCAGUUUGCUGUGAUGAAUUCCUUCAGCAGGGACAGGAAUGCUGCUGAUAUUUCAACUGUACCAGGAUUAAAAAUCAAACUGAAAAUCAUUGGAAAGACAUGCUCUCCACAGAAUAUUUUCAGUCUGACUGAGUUUCAGUCAUUAUUCUGUGGUUCUGCACUUUAUUCCAAAUAUUUUGCAUAACUCUUGCCUUUUUGCAACAUGUUUUUUUUUUUUUUUUUUUUUGCUUGCGCAUAUGUUUUUGUUAAAGGUUAAAUUCCUCGGUCAGAUGGCUUGCAUCAAUUGAGCUGCCCCUGAAAGGAAUGUUUUCUUGCUUCUAACUGUGCAGUCGAGUCCUUUGUGUCUCAAAGCCUUAAAAAAAUACAUCAGGAUUGGAGGUUAAAUAUCUCAAAGGGCCACCCUGUUAUUUAAAAAUCAGACAUAAACAUUUAUAAUGAAGCUUCUAGUACAUUUUUAUUUUGUAUUGCUUUCAUAUUAUGGCUUUUAAACAUCAAAGCCAUGACUUGAUACACUGCUUACUGAAGCGUCUGGUUUGCAUUUAGUCUCACUUUCUUAACUUUCAAUCACACAGAAGUACUAUAUUUCAGUUGUACUUCAGUAAAGACUCAUUAUGAAAACCAACACUUGUAAAGUAAAUGUAAUAGAAUAAUUAAAGGACUGAAAAAGUAA